ACAUUCUCUCCACCGCGCAUCAUCCCAGUUCAUCACACACCAUGUACGACGGGCCCACCAGAGGAGGCACUCGUGGAGGACAAGGCGAUUUCAGAUGGUCCGCCGUUGCAAACGAUAAGCACCGAGAAAAUUAUCUCGGACACUCCAUCAAUGCUCCCGUCGGUCGCUGGUCUAAAAAUAAAGAUAUUCAUUGGUACAAUCGCGAUAUUUCCGAGGACGAUACAGCGAAAGCCGCUCGAGAGCGCGCAGAGGAAGUGCGAAGAAUCAAACAGCAAGAGGACGAUGCAUUGGCGGCUGCUUUGGGAUACGCUGUACCCAAGCGAGAUACGGAUGGCGAAGGGACAGGUGCUAAUGAUAUACCGGUGAAAAAGAGUGAAAAGGACGAUGAGAUCGCGAGAUUAGAAAAGGAAGAGAGGAAACGGGAAAAGGCACUGAGAAGAGAACAACGGGCACUCAAACGUGCAGAAAAAGAGAUCAAGCGGGAAGAGAAAGAAAGGCACAGACAUCGGCGUUCAGAAUCCAGACGACAUCACCAUGAUGAUGAAGAUAGUCCUCGUCACUAUGAGCGAGAGCAAGAGCGCAUCCGAGCUCGUCGGCAUCACGAUAGGUACGAUGAGGGAGACAAAGAUGACUGGCGGUCCCAAGAUCGAGAGAACAGAGAAAGGGAUUAUACUAGUGACCGCCACGCGCGUGACCAUCGGCUUAGGCAAAGAGAGGACGAGAGAAGGCAAGGAGAGCUGCCAUACAGCAAUGAUCGCGGCAAAGAAAGGGACAGGUACCGCGACAGGAGAGAAGAGCGGCCUAGAUAUCAUCUUGAGGAUGAUAUGCCGCGCAGGAAGUAUGAGAGAUCACGAACCCGUUCGAAAUCACCUCGUCGAGACCAUAGGUCCAGUGAACGCCAUGUUGGAGAAGUGCUGGACGCGAAUCCUAUGAGGGAGGGGCUGGAAAGGAGAUAAUUGCAUGUAGUAAAUGUAGCUGUCUGACUGUAUGUAUAUGGUUGUCUGGA